AUUCCCGAAAUUUGUUUGGAUACAACAAAAUUUAUUAGAUCCAAAGAAAUCAUUUUCUCUGUGUAGGGUAUUUCUCGCGGGAUAAUUCGUGCACCAACAAAUCCGUGACACAUUCUCGAUACAGCAAUAUUUCUAUACCAUCCCUAAAUCGCGCAUGUCCCGCCGGCCGGUCCUCCCCGCCUUCUCUACGACCCUCGGUGCAGUAGACUCUGGUCGCCGGGACGCCGAGGGUCGUCUUCCGAUGGCGACGUCGUUGUCGCGGGCAGAAUUGCGACAGAUGACACAAAUUCGCGGACGGUAUCAAUCGAGUAUUCAUUAAGGCUGGAUCCUCGCGAGUUGGGAAGAUUAUAUCUCGAGAUAUGGAUGGAAUAGUAUAGAAACGUGCAUUUUCAAGUGCGAAACGGGUGGGCAUCGUUUGAGGUAUCGAUUAGAAAAUUCGAGCCCUGAGGAGGGAAAUUUUAUUUGACAUUCGACGUGCGGGACACGGACUGCAAAUAUUGAAACGUCUCGAGUGCAGCAGUUUGAUUAUUCUUUCCGCGUUGUUUACGGCUUUUCAAAUAAUUAUGAAUUAAUUUGUUGUGCGAAAUUGGUGUGAACGAAUUUAAUUGCGCAAAGUUGUCCAGUGAAAGAGGGCCUCGAUAUCGGGGUGAUGCAAGGUGCGAGGAUGCUGAAGCUCGUGAGAGUCGGUGCGAACGGGCUCAGAAGGCUGCACUCCACUGGCAGGAAACGUGCUGCUAUACCUGCGUCCACGAGAUUCGGAAAAGCAAAGUAUGCCUCUACUGGAGCUGCAGUGAAAUUAGAAUAUUCUCAAACACGCGAAUACAGCUUCAUUCAUGACAGCCAUUAUAUGUACACUCGAGAUCAAGAUCAAGCAACGAACGCCGAAGAUGCUUUAUUUGAUAUGUUCAAGAAAGAAGAGACCGGUCUCGUAUCAGUGGGGGAGUUUCUAGCUGCUUUAAGAAUAACCGGCUUACGAAAGAAUGACCCACGACUUCAGGAGUUUACUGACAAUCUGAAGAAAGAGCACGCCACGAAUAACGGUCGCACUAAAGCUAUAUCGCACGAGGCGCAGAAGCUCGAUAGGGAACAAUUUAGACGGAUUGUCAAUCCCAAUAUCGUAUUGAUCUCGCGAGCGUUUAAACAUCAGUUCAUAAUUCCCGACUGGUUGGGCUUCACGAAGCACAUCGAAGAUUUUUAUUGGAAAUGCAAGACGAACACCGAAGGCAAAGUUGCCUCCUAUAUACCGCAGCUAGCCAGAAUGAAUCCGGAAUAUUGGGGCGUAUCCGUGUGCACCAUCGACGGUCAGCGAUUCAGCAUUGGCGAUACCUCAAUACCGUUCACCCUUCAGAGUUGCAGCAAACCUUUGACCUAUGCGAUAGCCCUGGACAGGCUGGGUCAGGAAAUGGUGCAUCAAUAUGUUGGUCAAGAGCCGUCCGGUAGAAAUUUCAACGAGCUCGUACUCGAUUACAAUAAAAAGCCGCACAAUCCUAUGAUUAACGCCGGCGCGAUAUUGAUCUGUUCACUUCUGAAAACGUUAGUCAAGCCGGACAUGGGCUUGGCAGAGAAAUUCGACUUCACGAUGAAUUGUUUCAAGAGAUUGGCCGGCGGUGAGAAUCUCGGAUUUAACAACGCUGUCUUUCUAUCGGAGCGAGAGGCGGCCGAUCGAAAUUAUGCUUUAGGAUUUUACAUGAGGGAGCACAAAUGUUAUCCGGAAAAGACGAAUUUGCAGGAAGUUAUGGAUUUCUAUUUUCAGUGCUGCGCUAUGGAAGCAAAUUGCGAGACGAUGGCGAUAAUGGCUGCCACCCUCGCGAACGGCGGCAUUUGUCCAAUUACCGAGGAGAAAGUCCUAAAACCGGAUAGCGUCCGUGAUGUCCUGAGUCUUAUGCACAGCUGCGGGAUGUACGACUAUAGUGGACAAUUCGCGUUUAAAGUCGGCAUACCGGCGAAAUCCGGCGUGUCGGGGUGCCUUCUGGUGGUAAUUCCAAAUGUUAUGGGAAUUUGCACGUGGUCUCCGCCCUUGGAUCCGCUCGGCAAUUCCUGCCGCGGCGUGCAGUUCUGCGAGGAGCUCGUGCGCGAAUUUAACUUCCACAGGUACGAUAAUCUGAAGCACGCGACGAACAAGAGGGAUCCUAGACGGCAUAAAUAUGAAACGAAAGGCCUCUCGAUUGUCAAUCUUCUGUUCAGCGCCGCUAGUGGUGAUGUCACGGCGAUGAGAAGACACCGACUGAGUGGGAUGGACAUGACACUGUCGGAUUACGACGGCAGAACCGCGUUGCACUUGGCCGCCAGCGAAGGUCACCUGGAUUGUGUCGAGUUUCUGAUCGAGCAUUGCGGGGUCCCGCACGAUCCCAAGGACAGGUGGGGUAAACGACCAAUCGACGAAGCCGAGACUUUCGGACACAUGCAGGUGGUGGAAUAUUUGAACAACUACGCUCUCGUCCACAAGACCGAAUUAGAGAACAAACAGAACGAGAGUAUCGAUGACGACAACGAUUCGUGUCGUAAACCGCCGGAAACGGCGGUGCACUCGCCGUGAGCAGUAAGCGAUGACGGAUUUACGCAAAACUGGUGUGAGUCGAGGGUGAGGGUGGGAACAAGGACUUAUGUGAAAGCUGUUAGGAGGAAGAAGCGAGACAUAUCGAUCGUAGCAGCGGAACGAGGUCGCGAAGAAAUACGUUUCUAUUCCAUGUGACCAGAGUAUUUUUUAAUAUUGUACUACUUGAAUGAUAUAUAAUUAUUCCAUAAUUAUUCGUACAAUAAUUAGUCGUAAUUAAUAUGUUUUGGAACAUAUUUUUCAUUCAUCAGUUUUAACGCGAGUGAAUUUACAUAAGCCUUAAACGGACAAUAACGGGGAAUAAUUAUUUCAUCAUUUUUCGAACUCGUGACCUCGUUCUGCUUACGCGCGAUGGAGUUAUCUCAGCAUUGAGCGGUACACUCAGAUUACGAAUAGCUGUGAUUAAUAUUACGUAUACGUCUUUUUUCCAUGAUUUAGUUUAGCAUUAGAAGCCCGUGAAAAGCUCGUUUCAUAAUUUCAUUAAUUUAUACUUUACCUCUCUCUAUCCCUCACUGUCGAUCAUACAGUCGCCCUUUGAGGAUACACUCCGAUAUUUUUUCACGUUUUCGACGCGAAAGAAAAUUCUAAUUUACAUAUCAGAUCACUAAAAGUACAAACCAAGUGCUGUCCGAUUCUUAAGUUAGAGAUAUUUGGUCUUCACGUUUGCCAGAACGUUCUGUAUUCUUUAUUUAACGGAGAUAACAUAUUUUACAGCGCAAUUUUGAGUAAAUUGAGCUAUUAUAAAAAAACGUUUUGAUUGAAUUAUUUAUUAUAUGCGACAAGGCAUAAGCUCUCUUGUCUUUUGACACAAGAGUGUUUUAAAAACGGGGGAAAAAAUGGCUAUUUAUUUAUAAAGUUUCAGAUUCCCUAGUGAUGUACUUUGCGCGUUGCAACAGCGUAAUGCGUUAACGUAAAAAAGGAAAUUACGUAUGUUUUGAAAUUAGAAUCAAUUUAAUACAGGAAAAAAUUUUAAUGACGUAUGGACUAGUUGGUGCAUGUAAAUUCAGUUUGUGCAAAACAUUCUUUUCAAUAUUUUUUAAUCUCUUUUUCGCACACUUAAAUUAUUUAAAUAAUACGAAAACAAUAAUUUCUUUUAUUAAAGAUAUCGACAAUUUACAAUAUAUCGUUUCGACACAGUGGCGCUUAUUAUUCCUCUAUUUAAUUGUGGAAAUAGUAAGUUUUUUUUAACGAUGGCCCAUAAAAACAUUCUUUUCAAUAUAUUCUAAUUUCUUUUUUUCACGUUUAAAUUGUUUAAAUAAUACGAAAAUAAUAAUUUCUUUUAUUAAAGGUAUCGACAAAUUAUACCUUUUCGACACAGUGGCGCUUAUUAUUCUUCCAUUUAAUUGUGGAAAUGAUAAUUUAUUUUUCUACGAUGGCGCAUAAAUACGUGGAUAACAAGUCAAUCGGGAAAUACAGAUGUUAUCUUUUCUUCAUAACGAAUCGCGCGUGAAUUGUAUGUUAAAUUCAUAUCUUUCUGAAUAUGCUUUCCGCGAUGUUUUAGAGAUUCCUCGAAGAUACGGAAUGUAUAUCCGUUUGUUAGUAAGGAAUAUUUAAUAUUUCGCAAGCACGUCCACUGUGUAAGAGAAACUUUCGGAAAAUAUUACUUCAUAUAAUGUAUAUCUUACAAGGGGAAGCUCAGGUAACUCACCCUGGGAUUUCGAUGCCAAUUUUUUUUGGUUAUUCUGGAGGUGAAAAAGUUUAUGCAUAUGUUAAAAGUCGAUUGUCCUUUGCGACUGGUUUUAUCUAUCGUCUGGAAAAGGGUCUGUGCAGAUAAUUUUAUGUCGUCGACAAUGAAAUAAUUAGACACUGACGUGAGAGACAGUUUGCUGCUAUAAUCUAUCUCUUCCGUCUAUAAUAUCAUCUACUAUGAUACAUAGAAUAAUAUGUACGUUGUUUCCAUAGAUAAGUAGUUAAACAAAUAACGCCAAUUCCGAGUGCAAUUACAUAAUUAUUUCUCAGAGUGUGAGCGACUAUUCAGUUUCGCCAUACUGUUGUUAUUACGCUAUAUAAAUGUGCCGACAGAUGCAAAAAGGCUGGAAAAGUCAAUUUAUUGAGAACUAACGCGUUAUAACUAACGAUUACGCUAACGUAGCGAUCAUGUGUAUAGUCUAUAUGUACGUUAAACGACUAUUUUCGAAGAAAUUAGGUAGGAUCGCUUUGCGUAGAGAACCUGAUGUUAUAUAUUUUCAAAUGGGCAAAAGAUGACAAUAACAUUAUUAUCGUGUGAGAAACGUAAUUCUCGUGCGAGAGGUGGAUUCCGUAAUUUUCUGUCACUAAAAUGACAGAGCUUAUGUGGCAUAAAUUAUUUAUAAUGCACUUUAAGAAACGCAUAAUUUUUUUACCUCGUCUAUUCGCGAGAAUUAGUUACAGUAUUAGUAGACGUGCGAUAAGUUUUGUGACGAAAAACCUUUACAUAUUUUUCUAUGACUGCUCUAGCAACAUUGCGAUGUUUCCAAUAGGACAGUUAUUCAGAGACUCGACAAUCUCAGAACUCCUAUUUCUAGAAAAGAUUUUAGUUAUACUUGGUAAGCUGUUUGUGUAAUUUUCCAGAUCAAGUAUUGCGUCCACCUCUGUACUUGUUCUGUCUAUGAAAUAAAGUAAUAUUAAUAAAGUAAUGAAAACAUU